AUGGAAAACAAAAAUUUAGCAAUAUAUUUGUUAAAUUUCGUAACAAAUGCUUUAAUAAAUUUUGAUCAUGGAAUAAUUCCAGCAUGUACAACAGAUAUGAAAUUAGAUUUAGGAAUAGAUGACGUUUAAGUAUGAAUUAA